AUGGAAUCCCCUAUACUCUCCAUCCCAGUCGAGAUCCUAAUUCGCAUCUUCGAAUCCUGCGAUGGCUUCCCGCAAGUCGUCGCACUUGCGUCAGCGUGCAAGCAUACCCAGACGGUCUGGGUCACUAACUCACCAAAACUCAUCUGGAUCGUGGGCAGAUCCCAGAUUCGUUCAUUUGAUGAUGCCCUGAUGGCGGUGCGAGCAACAGCCAUCGUUCUCAAAGCUUACCAGGCGGGGGCCCUUCCACCAGCCGUCGUCGCAAUCAACUCGCUGAGCGGGAAAUCCAAGCUCCCAGACCUUGCCGAACUCAAAGAAGUCUUGAACAUGCAGCACCUAGUCCGAUGCAUCGAGUACAUUUUUCUUAACUCGAAAUUCCACAAAAGGUACGAGACAAACUUAUUCCCCUAUAUCAGGCGUGAUAGGAAUCCCGCAGCGCGACAGGGAUUCCCAUAUUAUUUGAAGGAAAAUAUCCUAGGUGCUGAGAACGCAAAAAUCGAUUCUUUCCGAGAUGGCUUCUUUAGGGCCAUGUAUCGAUUGCUGCUUGCUGGAGCAGUACUUGCUAGACCUUACAUGGCACCCCUUUUCCAGGCCAGGGAGGAGGGGAACGCUAGAUUCUUUUUCAUUUGGGCGGAUCGUCACUACUACUGGUCGGAGGAGAUGGACCAGGUCGACGAAACUGAUACUUCUCCAAAAGAAGUAGACUUUGACUAUGUUCGUCAAUUCCCUGUAUAUAACUUCGACGUCCCAGAUUGGAGCAAGAUCGGACAGUGGAGAAACCGAGAGUACGAGACUUGCUUUGGACCACUCGCUUCUUGGAUCAUCGAGGAUGGAAGAAUGAGAGAGCAGAAUGAACCUUGA